CCUCCUUCUCCGCGCCAUCUCCCACCUGAGCGCUCGCUAGGUCGGGCAGACGUGCCUGCUGUCACGGCGCUGGCGCGACCUCUGGCGCUCCGUGCACCGCAUCAACGCCUCGCGUCACGAGUUCGACGGCGUGGCUGACACCGACGAGGAGUGCGACGUGUUGUUCAAGAAGUUUGUCAGCCGUUUCAUCAUGCUCCGUAACCCCCUUGCAUUGGAUGAGUUCCGCCUCUGGUACCACAUACCUGACGAAUCAGUGGACUUGCACGCCGACUCGGAAGAUGCUAACCUAUGGAUCCGCCAUGCUUUACUGUGCAAUGCUCGUUCUGUCGAGGUUAUCGAUUGGGUCAAUGAAUUGCAUCUCGAUAAUACGGUGUUUGCUUCAAAGUGCCUCUUGACAAGCCUUCUGCUUUCCUGUGUUUUUCUGAUCCCUGGGUUCUUCAGGAACCUCCAAAUGGGUUGCACAGUAUUGAAGCAUCUCAUCUUACGCUGCUGCACCAUUUAUGACCCUGAGAUUUCCUCCCAGACACUGAAGGUUUUGACCAUUGAUGGUGAAUGUCACUGCACAUACGAGGGACGGGCCUCUAUUUCUAUUCCAAGCCUCAUUGAUCUUGAGUUCUCUGCCCCCGGAAGUGUACCUUUACUGAAGAACGUGGAAUCGCUAGUGACAGCAUCAAUUUCAGUUGGUACUGCUGAUACUCAGGUUGAUGAUAUCUGUCAGUUUCUCAGGAGCCUUUCUGGUGUUACAAAUUUGGAAUUCUAUUAUGAAGGAAGAACGGUAUGCUUCUUGAUUUUAAAUUGAACACCUAGCUAAUAUUUAUAAGUUGAAGCCUGAGACCUAAGCAUGGCAUU